UCAAAGUACUACUUCCUUCAAGUCUUCAACUUUCCGACCAAUCCACCGACAACUUGCAUACUUGACAACUCAUCCCUGAUCCCCCAUACUUAUAAUCUCUGCAACUUUCCAUCUCUCUCUCUAUCUCUCUCUCUUCUCUGCAAUAAUAUGGUACAAUCAAAGAAGUUUAGAGGCGUCAGGCAACGCCAGUGGGGCUCCUGGGUGUCAGAAAUUCGCCAUCCAUUGCUCAAGAGAAGGGUAUGGCUAGGCACAUUCGAGACAGCAGAGGCUGCGGCGCGUGCGUACGACCAGGCAUCCAUAUUGAUGAAUGGCCAAAACGCGAAGACCAACUUCCCGACAUCAACCGUUAGCGGCCAGCAUGAAGACACGAAGACACGCGACCAUCGUCAAGACUCUCCAUUGUCUCCCAAGGCUCUGUCGGAGCUUCUCAGCACCAAGCUGCGAAAGUGCUGCAAGGACCAGUACCCGUCGCUCACGUGUUUGAGGCUCGAUGCCGACAACUCCCACAUCGGAGUUUGGCAGAAGCGCGCCGGAGCGCAAUCUGGGUCGAAUUGGGUUAUGAGGAUUGAGCUUGGGAAGAAACAGAGUGCUCAGAAUUUGGAGGAUGGCGGCUUGUCUUUGUCUUCUUCAGGGUCAAGGGUUGAGAUUCAUGAUGAUGGUGGAAAUGGGAUGGAUGAAGAGGACAGCAUUGCAAUGCAGAUGAUUGAAGAAUUGCUCAACUGGAACUAUCCUACUCCUACAAGUAAUCUUCAAGAAGGAAAAGGUAAUUUUGUUGUUCCUAAUUGUCUUUGAGCUCAGCUUUCUCUUGAUUGCUGAAGUCUGAGAACUGCAGAAGAACACAAAGUUACAGCUGUGCUGUCACAUGGUGAGCAGUGAUUCAUAAUUGCAGGUACCCUUUUUCUUUUUCUUUUCUUUUCUUUUCCAAAUUGUUAGCUCUUGUUCCAAGUGAAAGAGAGAUGUAUCUACCUACUUUGGUUGAUGUAGAGUACCCCCCAAAAAAAAAGAGUGUGUUCCUGUCUAUUGGAGUUACUGAUAACACAUGAUUUAAAUUGGAGCCAGAAAAAAGUACUUGUAAUUUCUGUCUCCUUUUCUGUAUUUAAUCUCCUUCUAAGUUCUUUUUGUGCUUUAUUUUGCAACCAAGUUGAAUCCAAAUGAAUAAAAGAAGAAGUAAUGUGAACCAA